AGUUCACCUCACGCGAGGGAAGCGGUUGAAUGUUUGUUGGCACGUGAGGAAUUCGAUUGCGCUUGUUUGCGUUACCUUCAUCCCACAGAAAACGUUUCGUAAAGAGAGAGAGAGAGAGAGAGAGAGAGAGAAAAUCACAGAGCGUAAUACACAUUUCCCAGAUCAGCAAUCUUUAUCCAUUUUGGGCAAGACCCAAAUCACAAAAAACCUAGUACUCCUUGAAUAGCACGAAUCAAAAAAGUUGAGAUACAUUCAUUUGAAUGGCGUGAAACUAGGGUAAAAAAUCGAACCCAAAAUCUGGCAAAUUUAGUGGGGUUGCGGCCUCGCUGCUUCUCCUCGAAGCAAGCCGUAGCAGAGGAUCAAGACGAGGAGGAGUGCAGCAGGCCUUGGCGUCGAAGAUUAUCAAUGGCCUUCAAUUGGACCUCUUUCUUCAAAAUCACUCUCCUCAUAUUACUCGUUGCCGCUAUAACAACAGCUUUCCUCACUCUCCCCGUCGAUAAGAUAUUGAAAGACUUUUUACUAUGGGUUAAGCAAGAUCUUGGCCCUUGGGGUCCUUUCAUGCUGGCUGUCGCGUAUAUUCCUCUGACUAUUCUGGCAGUUCCAGCCUCAAUACUUACUCUCGGUGGUGGCUAUCUAUUUGGCUUGCCUGUUGGUUUUGUUGCUGAUUCCAUUGGUGCUACUCUUGGUGCGGUUGCUGCAUUCCUUAUCGGCAAAACAAUUGGAAGGUCAUUUGUUACUUCCAAGUUAAAGGAUUAUCCGCAGUUUCGGGCUGUUGCAAUUGCGAUUCAGAGAUCGGGCUUUAAGAUUGUUGUGCUGCUUCGGCUCGUUCCUUUACUUCCAUUUAAUAUGUUGAAUUACCUUUUGUCCGUGACUCCCGUUCCACUUGGACAGUACAUGCUGGCUUCAUGGUUGGGCAUGAUGCCAAUCACUCUUGCGCUGGUAUAUGUUGGAACAACUUUAAAGGAUCUUUCUGAUGUAACACAUGGAUGGCAUGAGUUUUCAAAAGCUCGUUGGGCAUUAGUUAUAACAGGCCUUCUGAUGUCUGUUGUUCUACUAGUUUGUGUUACAAAAGUUGCAAAGGCUGCUUUAGAUAAAGCACUAGCUGAAAAUGAAGAUAUAGAUAUCAUCGCAGCCUCACCGGAGCUUCCCAUUUUGGCUGAUCCACCUACAGAUCUCCGCCAGCCGCUUGUGAUCAAGAUUGACUCGUCUCAAGACAAUCACGAAACAUGAAAACGUUUCUGAUUUUGUAAAGUCUAUAUCUGCCUUCUGGAAAUCUAUACGUCUUUUUACAUCAUACAUGCAUGCCUUGGUUGCUUGCUGUUUUUAGUUGUACAGUCACGUUGCCGAUCACAUCAAGUUUGGGCAUCAAUGACUUAGUUAACUGAGGAGACUUUUCCAUAGCUUUGUUCAUGGAUUGAUGAACAUCAGUCACUUUGAUUUUUUCACGAAAUAAAAAUUUAAUGAUAGAAUUGCUUUCAA